AUGCUUCUAUCGCUUUUUGUUGCCUUGGGCGUUGCAUUAGCACAUGGAUCACAUGGUGGCUCCCAAAAUAUCCCUAUACGGCCCGCAGGUGUCUCGUGGCAGGAAUGGCACAUGAAAGAGGAGCACCAGAUGGACAGUUUCGACGCUGUCAGCUUCUUCAAGAUGCACGAUCUUGAAAACAAAGGCUAUUGGACCCUCGAGGACGUCCUCUACGUCUACGGGUUGACACGUGAGGAAGUUGUUGGCGAUGGCAGUGGGAUGGGAGAACAUGCUGCAGAGGAGAAGGUCUCGCAAGAGGCCAAGUCCCAGGUCGGCAGCAUUGUCAUGAAUCUUUUGGACAGCAAUGGCGACGGAACCAUUACUUUGGAGGAGUGGAAGCGGUUCAUCGACAGGAAAGAGGAAUUGCCCGAUUUCGGCUACGGGCCUGGCCACCACAUGGAUUUCGAAAGUGAGUACGAGAACCACCACUGGAAUAAGUACCACAAGGAUCAAGAUCCAGACGUGCACGUGAAGCACAAGGAAGAUAUUGAGCACGAGCUCUUGCACCACGCACACGAGAUCGAGGGCACCCACGGGGAUCAGCCUGACAUUAGGCAGAUAGCAAAGGACUACGCCAGUCCCAUCAAGAUCCACAAUGUCCCACAGAAGUACUUGGCGUGA